UUACCACCUAUCCAUUUGAUGACCACAAUGCACCUCCAUUUGAGCUGAUUGAGCCAUUUUGUUUGGAUUUGCAUGAAUUUCUGAAUGAAAGUGGGCAGAAUGUAGCUUUUAUUCACUGCAAAUCUGGCAAGGGUCGGACAGGAGUUAUGAUAUGUGCAUAUUUGCUUCACAAUGGCCAUUUUGGGAAAACCAGAGAGGCACUGAAUUAUUAUGGAGAAGCAAGAACAAGAAAUGCUAGAGGUGUCACAAUUCCCAGUCAAAGGAGAUACGUUCUGUACUACAAUCAUCUUCUAACAAAUAAACUACAAUACGUUCGCACAAUGGUGUUAUUGAAGAAAAUUGAGUUGCUUUCUGAGCGUACAUUCCAAAACUUCACCUUCAAUCCAUUUUACAUCCUUUGGCAACAGAAGGUGAAGCUAUAUCAGUCUAAAGUUACUGAGAGAAAGAAAUCUUCUGAUGGACUUUUGUUUGAGCUGAGCCAACCAAUUCCAAUUUGUGGUGACAUCAAGGUAGAAUUCUUCCAUAAAGACAUGUUUAAAAAGGUGAGAUGCAACUUACAGGGUUUACUGUAA